CCUACGUGGUUAUUGGCGAUUUUAAUACUAUACUUAAUGCCAGUGAAAAAGAUGGGGGGAACCCUUGGAAUCCCAAUAGUUCAACCAGUUUGCGCGAUUUUAUUGAAAGCUUGGGGCUCCAUGAUCUGGGCUACCAGGGCGACCUGUUUACCUGGACGAAUAGGAGGAUGGGUAAUGCCUGUAUUCGUGAAAGGCUGGAUAGAGCUCUCUGCUCCCAGCUCUGGAUUGACCGAUUUCCUGAUUCACCGGUCAAACAUUUCACGGAUCAAGGUUCUGAUCAUAGAGCUCUCCUCCUGUCGGAUAGGCCUUAUACCAGGAAUAGUCGUCCUCUAUUCCGCUUUGAUGCGCGAUGGGCUGAUAAUCCCGAAGUUAGGGCCAUGGUCAAUUAUGUCUGGCAGGAGGAUAUCCAAGGCACUCCUAUGUUCUGCCUAUGGGAGCGCCUAAAGAAACUUCGGCACCUCUUGUACGACUGGAGUAGGGCUGGUACUACCAAUUCCUUGCGGAAUAUUCGUACCCUCCAAGGCGAAAUUGAUAGGAUCAAAUUAGUCCAUCCUAUUGACUGGGAGGUGGUUCGGGAGUUAGAGGUUGAACUGAACCGUCAGUGGGAGGCGGAGGAAAUUUAUUGGCAACAGAAAUCGAGGGUGCACUGGUUGAAGAGAGGGGAUAAGAAUUCGUCUUACUUUCACACGGUGACUAGGGCGCGGCGCAAAAGAAAUUUUGUGGAUGGCCUCCGUAAUGAGAAUGGGGAGUGGAUUACUGAUGAGAAUGAGAAGGCGGGUGUUGCUACGGCCUUUUAUCAGAACCUCUUUACAUCAGAAAAUCAGGUGGGGAAUAUGGCUGAGCGGGUGGCAACCUUGCCCCUUGCUCGCUCUGUCACUGCGGAAAUGAAUGCAAGUCUGACGGCAGAUGUUCUCCCCGCUGAGGUUCGUAAAACAGUGUUUGCUAUGGGCUCUAAGCAGGCUCCUGGCUCGGAUGGUUUCACUGGGAAAUUUUUCAAGGCCUUCUGGGAUGUUGUGGGGGAGUCGGUGGUUACAGCAGUUUGUUCCUUCUUUUCCACCAGUCGGAUGCUGCGUAGUUUUAACCACACCUGGCUAACUCUGAUCCCAAAGGUAGAUAAGGUUGAGUCUAUGCGACAGCUGCGCCCAAUCAGCUUAUGCCAGUUUGUUUAUAAAAUCAUCACUAAGAUUAUGGCAGAGCGUCUGGCGGGCCUAUUGCCCAUGAUUAUCUCAGAGGGGCAAAAUGCGUUCAUUCGUGAACGUCAAAUUGUGGAGAAUGUUCUCCUGGGGCACGAGUUAAUGCACUAUCUAAAAAUCAAAACGCGGGGUAAGAAAGGGUUCAUGGCUCUAAAGGUUGACAUGGAAAAAGCCUAUGAUAGAGUUGAAUGGCCUUUUCUCCUUGCGAUUUUGGAUAAGAUGGGCUUCAACGCGACCUGGCAAGGGUGGGUCCAUGAAUGUCUCCGGUCCUCAUCCUUUUCGGUUCUUAUGAAUGGGACUCCCUCGGGAUACUUUACUCCGACCAGGGGAUUGAGACAGGGAGACCCUCUCUCCCCUCUGUUGUUCGUUCUUUGCACUGAAGGCUUUGCGGCUCUCCUUCGUAAGGCCAUAUCGGAAAACAGGUUGGAAGGGGUGAAAGUGGCUCCUCGAGCACCGAGGAUCUCGCAUUUGUUCUUUGCUGAUGAUUCGUAUUUAUUUCUGCGGGGGACUCUCAAUGAGUGUGAGAAUCUAAUUGAGGUCCUAAAUGAAUAUGAGGAAUUGAGUGGCCAGAGGGUAAACUUGGCCAAGUCAGCUGUGUGUUUCAGUAAGAACAUUGUCCGUACGGACCAGGAGUUCUUGGCAGCUAUUCUGGGCGUUGGAGCGGUAGGGGUCCAUGAUAAGUAUCUUGGGCUGCCGACUCUUAUUGCGCGCUCCAAGAUGGCCACGUUCCGAUAUCUGGAAGAGAAGCUACUAGAACGCCUCCAGGGGUGGAAACGGAAAACAUUGUCAUGGGCAGCAAGAGAGACCUUGAUUAAGUCGGUUGCUCUGGCUUUGCCAUUACAUGUAAUGUCGUGUUUUAAGCUUCCUCUGUCUCUAUGUCGGCUCUUGGAUAGGCAUGUGGCCCGGUUUUGGUGGGGGGAUGCCGAGGACCAUUUUCGUAUCCGGUGGGUUUCAUGGCGUAACCUGUGUCGUAGUAAACAUGAUGGGGGAUUGGCGUUCCGCCGGUUUGAACAAUUUAAUCAGGCUUUGUUAGCUAAGAUUGGGUGGCGUAUCCUCACAGAGCCUCACUCUCUGUUGGCACAGGUUUAUAAAGGCAAGUAUUUCCCAAACGGGUCGUUUCUUGAUGCCUCAGCUAGAUCCCGUCCCUCAUGGGGGUGGCAGAGUAUCCUCUUUGGUCGGGAGCUGCUGGCUAAGGGUUUACGAUGGCAAAUUGGCAACGGACAGUCUGCAUCCUUGCUUUCGUCGAGCUGGAUCCCUCAUUUGCAGAUGAGCCCUCCGUGCUAUAACCCGCGGAUCCUGCCAGAUGGGGGGAGCCCUCUGGUUGCGGAGAUUAUGAACCCUGAGGGGGGAUGCUGGGAUGAGGAUAAGGUGGCACAAUGGUUUGACCCGCCUACCUGUAAGGCUAUCAAAGCUAUUCCACUGCCUAGACUGAAUAUGGCAGAUAAGCUAAUUUGGCAUGGGACGGCGGAUGGGGUAUUCACUGUCAAGUCUGCUUACCACUUAGCUGUUGAUAUUGAUAGAAGGCGGGGGGGUUGGCGAGCAACGGUGGGUUGGAUGGAUAAGGAGUCCUGGAUUCGGUUGUGGGAGGCGAACAUCCCCCCGAAGCUUAAGGUCUUUGUUUGGCAGAUCCUUCAUCGAAUUUUGCCUACCACGGAGGCCCUAAUCGAAAAACGAGUUCAGGUCCAUCCCCGAUGUCCGGUUUGUUGGGACAGUGUGGAGACUAUGGAACAUCUGUUUUUGGAUUGCCCGGUGGCUCGGGCCCUUUGGGGAUAUUCUGGCCUGGAGGCGCUGGGAGAGGGGCUCCCUCGACAUACCUUCCCUAUCUUCCUCAAACGAUGCUUGGCUCUGAUUCACCAGCCUACUUUGUUCAUGGCGGUGGUGGCUAUCCUUUGGAGGAUAUGGCGAUCUCGGAACUGGGUUGUUUUUGAAGGUAAGCAGUUCGGGUUUCCUGCCUUGAUGCGUCAGUUCCAGCAACAGUAUGAGGAGUGGGCUCGGUUGCCUAUGGAUAAGAGCUCCCCUGUGGUGUCGCGUCAUGAGCCUCUGCUGAGUGCCCUGGGCAGAGAGGAGGAGGGUGUGGUUUGUCAGUGGGAUGGGGCAGUAAGGGCAGGGUCACACUCGGCCGGUGGGGUGGUUCUCCUGACUUCAAAUAGAGAGGUGUGGCUGGUGAAAGGGGUUCAUUUACCAUGGGUGGAUGACCCGUUGGUGGUGGAACUGCUUGUCCUCCGGGAGGCUAUUUUAUGGUGCCUCUCGCUUGGCCUCUCGGCAGUAACGUUUGAAGGGGAUGCUAAGGUGCUCAUUGAUAAGAUCAAUCAAGCAGAUGCAAGGGAUAGUAGAGUAUGAGCUGUUCUAAUGGAAGUUAUGCAAUACCUUAACAGCUAUUCUGGGUUUCGUGUUCGAUUUAUAGGUCGGCGUAGUAAUAGGGUAGCCCAUUUGGUGGCUCGUAAAGCCCUCUCGUUGUACCCGGCCAUGAGUCGCUCCUUUGAUUUUCGGGCCUGGCUGAUUUCCAGGAUGUAACUAUAUUUUUGGAAUCUAUAUAAGAUUAUCUUUUGUAAAAAAAAAAAAAAAAAAGACUGUGGCAGCUGGCUAUGCCAAGGGUUUGGCGGUUAUAAAGUGGUCGGACAUUCUUGUGGUUUUGCAUAACUCCUGCAGAAUGGAUUUUGUGAGAUGAGUUUAGUGAGACAUCCGAAGGUUCAGGUGGCUGGUGUUUUUCUGUUCUAAAUGUUUAUCUAUUUGUCAUCCAAUUUUAACUGGAUACCCAUUGAAUCUUAGCUUGUUCACUUUAUGGUCUUAUGAAGAGAUGAACAGUUAUUUAACUUUGCCUGCCGAUUCUUGUUGAAAUGAAAAGGAAAAACAAAGUGGUCGUCUCAUUCAUUCAUUCAUUCCAUUGAUUAGUUUAUUAGCCAAGGAUGGAUAAAUCAGUACACGCGGCUAAAUUAAUGAGGUGUGCUAUCAGCAUAAACUGCCCCACAAGUACGAACGGCUACAAACAAUCGGAUUUUUUCCCCCCAUAAAUACCACCAUUAAAAAAAUAUUCUAAAA